CCGAAGCGCCAGGCAGGAAGUCAUCCCGUGUGUCGCUCGGGUGCCGGCUGCGGUGACAGGAGAGCCCUCCGGCGGGCACCGGGGCACCGGGCGGGCGGGCGUGCGCUCCGGUCCCGCUGCACUUUGCGCGGCGGCCUCCCCCCCAGUCCACCCUCGCAGCGCCACGGCCCGCUCCGCCGGCCUCGAUCCCGGCGCGGGGGGACGCUCCUGCCAGCUCCCCCCCGAGUCGCUUCUCCGGGGGCAGCGACCCAGGCUCGGCCUGGGCCUCCGGCUGGGGAUCUGGCUCGGUGUUGCUGCUGCUGCUGCUGCUGCACAACCGCGACCGGUCUCGUCCUCCUCCUCCCCGUCGCGUGCGCCCUGCUGGCGGUGAGCGGUCGAGAGCCCCGUCCGGAGCGGCUGCCCGGGAGCCGGGACUAAGACAUCUGCUGCUCCGCGUCGCCGCCUCCUGCUAUGUCCCCGACCGUGUCUCACAAGGACAGCAGUCGGCAGCGGCGGACGGGCAUGUUCAGCCACGCUCUGGACAUGAAGAGCGGCCCGCUGCCGCCCGGCGCCUGGGAUGACGGCCACGCGGACGCGGUGGGCGGGGAAGGGGACCGAGAAGCCCUCCUAGGGGACGCGGGCCCGAGCGACUACUCCCCCAAAGCCCCGCGGAGCUACAGGGCCGAGCUGGGCAGCAUCCUGCUGCUGCUCUUCCUCUACGUGCUGCAGGGCAUCCCCCUGGGCCUGGCGGGGAGCAUCCCGCUCAUCCUGCAGAGCAAGAACGUCAGCUACACGGACCAGGCUUUCUUCAGUUUCGUCUUCUGGCCCUUCAGUCUGAAGCUGCUCUGGGCACCGUUGGUGGACGCCGUCUACUUGAAGAGCUUCGGCCGCCGCAAGUCCUGGCUGGUCCCGACCCAGUACAUCCUGGGGGUCUUCAUGAUCUACCUGUCCACCCAGGUGGACCGUCUGCUCGGAAAUACGGACGGCGGGGCCCCCGACGUGGUCGCCCUCACGGUGACCUUCUUCUUGUUUGAAUUCCUGGCCGCCACGCAGGACAUCGCCGUGGACGGUUGGGCGUUAACGAUGCUGUCCCGGGAAAAUGUGGGCUACGCUUCCACCUGCAAUUCUGUGGGCCAGACGGCGGGCUACUUCCUGGGCAAUGUUUUGUUUUUGGCUCUUGAGUCGGCUGACUUUUGUAACAAGUAUUUGCGGUUUCAGCCUCAGCCCAGGGGAAUCGUCACCCUUUCAGAUUUUCUUUUUUUCUGGGGAACUGUAUUUUUAAUAACAACGACAUUAGUAGCUCUUCUGAAAAAAGAAAACAAAGAAGUGUCAGUAGUAAAAGAAGAGACACAAGGGAUCACAGAUACUUACAAGCUACUGUUUGCAAUCGUAAAAAUGCCAGCAGUUCUGGCAUUUUGCCUUCUGAUUCUGACUUCAAAGAUUGGCUUUUCAGCAGCAGACGCCGUGACAGGCUUGAAACUGGUAGAAGAGGGGGUGCCUAAGGAGCACCUGGCCUUGCUUGCUGUCCCCAUGGUGCCUCUGCAGAUAAUCCUGCCGCUGAUCAUCAGCAAGUACACCGCGGGUCCCCAGCCACUGAACAUAUUCUACAAAGCCAUGCCCUACAGAUUAUUGCUUGGAUUAGAAUAUGCCCUACUUGUUUGGUGGACUCCUAAAGUAGAGCAUCAAGGAGGAUUCCCCAUAUAUUACUAUAUCAUAGUGCUGCUGAGUUAUGCAUUACAUCAGGUCACGCUGUACAGCAUGUACGUGUCGAUAAUGGCUUUCAAUGCCAAGGUCAGUGACCCUCUUAUUGGAGGAACGUACAUGACGCUCUUAAACACUGUUUCUAACCUGGGAGGAAACUGGCCGUCUACAGUAGCGCUUUGGCUCGUGGAUCCCCUCACAGUGAAGGAGUGUGUAGGAGCGUCAAACCAGAAUUGUCGAACACCUGAUGCUAUCGAACUUUGCAAAAAGCUUGGCGGCUCAUGUGUGACAGCCCUGGACGGCUAUUACGUGGAAUCCAUUAUCUGUGUUUUCAUUGGAUUUGGCUGGUGGUUCUUUCUUGGUCCAAAACUUAAAAAGCUACAGGACGAAGGACCAUCUUCAUGGAAGUGCAAGAGGAACAACUAAUGCCAACAUCAGUGGACAUUCUAGAAGGUAAUCAUAGUUUAGUUUUAUUGAUAAAGCUAUGAUAAUCAGUGUGUAGGCGUAUAAAAUGUUGUUUAAUUUUAAUUUAAAAUGUCAAAUAGUUGAAAAAUAGAAAUUUCUUUGUAUGUUUGAUCAUAUUUUUCCUUGCCUUAUCAUUGUAUUUGAUGUUUACUUAAGGCCAGGAAACAACUCUUUUGGUUGUAUUACUUGAUUUCUGUUAAUGUACUGACCAAAGCAUAUUGUAAGCUGUGGUGGAAUGGGUGGUUACCAUGCUGCCAAGUAUUGUGUUAGUACCUGCUGUUGAGUUGUAUUUAACAUUUUGGUACAAUGUAUCAAGUGGGACAAACCUUAAUAUCCAGGUACUAAUUAGCUAGUUUGACCUUAUGUUAAUUCUCACUUUAAAUUGUAAAUUUGUAAGAAUUUAUGUGGACUCCGAUGCAAAGAAAAUGUAGACUAUUAAAAACAUUGAGUUGUUUUUCUGACCAUAACCACAUUGUACAAAUGAAUCUGUUAAAAAUAACUAUUUUAAAUGUAAUUUUUGCUUUUGUAAGCAUGAAAGAUUUAUAAGAAGAUUGUUCAAACUAUUUUUUUAUAAAUGAAAGCUAUGGUUUUUAAUUUAUUGAUUUCCCUAUUCCUCACUUUUGGGGACGCUAUUUUGGUUUCUUGUUAACUCUUGCCCCUAGGUUUAUGGUAUGGUUUUUGUCACAAGUGUGUCAUGGCACAUAGACAACUAAUGAGGGGGAUCAAGUUUGUGGUUUGUGUGUUUAUGGCUGACUUGUAAAAAUAAAACCUAAAUGUCAUUCUUACUGUAGCUUUUUAAUUACCGUGAGAAGAGAAUGUAAACUUACAAUUAAAUAAAAUUUCAAUUAACUAACA